UUUGUUUUUUCUUCGUCUCCUUUAGAAGAAGUUCUGUCCUGUGUAUUCCCCUGCUCCGGCGGUGGGGUGGAUUGUUCCAACUCUUUUUUUUUUUUUGUUGGUUUUGUCUUCCAUUUCUUCAUCCUUCACGACACUCCCCAAUCCAGCACGAUGGCUAAGAUUCACUGUUGGUGGGCCUUAAUGGAUUUAUUUGGUUGGAUCUAUCAGAGGAAGAGAGGGAACAGAGUCCGUUGCUGCUUCCUUCACAUGAGCGAGCCAAGACAUGGAUUCUUUCUAGAAGAAAGAAGACGGCUCGCUGGAUCUUCGUACACGUGUUCACAUCUCACGCAAAGGGGGCAAUAACCGUUUUGUUAUGGAUGCCUAGGAUCGUGAUGCGUAGGCUCGUUGCUGACUUUGCUGACAGAGACGAAUUUGUGUGCUCAAUCUAUGAUCUUGAAAAGAAGAUCAAGAAGAAUUUGGAGAGGAAUCUGGAGAAAGAGCGUAAGAAAGAGCUUAAGAGAUUGAAGAGUCUUCCUCCAAUUUCUCAACUAAGAACUGGCAUAGCAACUUUCUGGUCGAGUUUCUUACUGGACUCUACUACUACUCUUCUUGAUUAUGCACAGUCUAAGCCCUCCUCCUUUCCAGACGAGUUCAUGAACGAUUUCAUGCGCCGUAUUCGUAGAGCAGGCUGGUACCAGGAAGAGAAGAACCUGGAUUACACGGUGCCAAGGAGAGUCUUGGACAGGCUUGCUGCCACUUACUCUCAGCCAGUGGACAUGGUUGAAGACCCUUUUACCCUCAUUGCUCUCUUAGAGUCCAGGGUUGAGGCAGAGCAGGCAAGGGAAGAAGCUUAUAGGAGAAGACAAGAGAUGGUCUUGAGGAAGCAUGAAGAGAAGCAAGCUAAUCAUGCAAAAAAAAUGGAGGAGAAGGCAGAGAAGGAAGCAUUAAACAAGGCCAUAAAGGAGAAGAAAAGGAUUGCCAAGCAGAAGAACCAGAUGGCACGUAUCGGGGCUAAGUCAUGUGGUUUGACUUAGUCCCCACGGUUUCUUCGGUAGUACAUUCCACUCUUUUUAGAUCGAUCUGUUUGAAAUUUCACUUUCAUCAUUCGAUCUGUUUUAGUAGUUACAACUUAAACAAUAUAGAUCGGUGGCUUUUAUGCAGUAAUAACUCAGAAGUGACACCAAAUCGCUUGGUUUAUUGAUUGACUAGUUUUAUUACACUU